AUCUCUAGUGCAUUUGCUGUCUGUCAAAAAGCAUUUACAACAUUUUUUCUAUUAAAAUGGCCAAAAUCAAGCAAUAAAAUCACAGAAACUGUCCUGAUUUUGUGUAAAAUUAAUAUGCUUCCAUCGGUAUAAUCAUUUGGCGAUCUCAGAACGGUUUCAAACUCACAGAUGCAGCAUCUGCAAAGCGUAAAUUGAUGGAGCACCAACGUUACGGCUGGAGAGCUGAGAAACGUAUUCACGUAUCAUAGCCAUCAUGUCAUUGCAACCGUUGGCCACCAGCGCUUCUGGUACACAAUUGCUGCGACCGCAGACACUGGCUGGCCCCGAGCGUGAGCCCGUUGAAUUCAAUAUCAAUGUGCUUCUCCAAUCAGCUGCUCCUCCAGAAGUGGAACAGUUGGUUCAGCAAAUAAAAAGUGUUGCCGAACAAUUUCUAUAUCACUGGAAGAGUUUUCCAAUUGUGCUGCCUCAACCACUGGCAGCCAGCGCAUUAAAUCUAACAGCCAGCAAUGCAACGAAUAGCGUCAGCAGCCGCAAAACACGUCCCAUUAAUUUGCGUGACCUAUUUAUAGCGCCGCCCUUUGAUGAGCUCGAUGCUGUGGCUUCCGAUGGCAGUGGCGAGCCGAGACGCUUGACGAAUGCACAAUUAAAAACAUUGCGGGAAACUGGCUUGCAAAAGGAUAAAUAUGGAAAGCCGAAGAAAUUAACUUUGGAACAAUUGGAAACAAUACGUAAAAAUGGUGAAUUUGAUGUACCGAGCCUACAUUUCCCGGGGCAAGUGCACAAAUGGCGUCUUUCUCAGCUGUUGCAGAAGGGCUCUUUGCGGGCGCACGAUUCCUUUCUUAGUGAUCUGGCAUUGGCGGCACGUUUCGUGGUUGUUACGGCCCGUGCCAGAAUCUUUUCGCAUUUCUUUUCCGUUGUCCACGCGGCUCAUGCAUUGCUGGAUGCCCUUGUCAAGCUGGCAGACAUGUUCAUAGGUGUGCCUGCGUUGCUGGCGCACAAUCUGGACUAUAAAAUCAAGGAGGAACGCUGUCGUUAUUUAAUUGCGGAACUAGUGUGUCGUCCUGAAUUUGAAGACUGUCUGGAUGGCCUUUGUGCGUACGUUCGCAAAAUGCUGCGACGCGCAACCAUGGAGAAAUUCGAUUUUAAUAGCUGCGAUGUGUCGCAGCCUGUGCCGUAUUUGUUUUUAACGCCCAAGGGUCAGGAGAUCGAUUUGCGUCUCUUCUGUCGUGAUAUCAUGCGCAAAGCAUUGCCUGUGCUUAUUGGCAUUUUGGAGCGAGAGACACGCGGCUGGUUCCUGCACUUUCGGGAGCGACUCAUUGCCGAGUUGCGUGCCAAGAAGCUAACGGACAAGGAAAUCGAGGAGGAGGUCAAUGAGGCUGUCAUGAAGGAAUACUUGCAACGUGUCUACACUUCCAUUAUGGCCAAUGCCAAGCUUACUGAGCUCGGCGGCGGCAUCCCAGAGCUGCUGGUACAGCAGGCCCAAUCGGUGGUUAUAAUGUACAAGGCAGUGGACAAAGUGCAGCAGGACAUGAAACGCACACGCGAAGAUCACCAGAAGUGUUUGGCCAAUGAUCAUUCAGUGUUGUCGCGGGUGGCACCCUGGCUGCGUUCGAAAUUGCGUCAUGCUGAGGAGAGCAAGCUGUAUAAAUCGGCAUGGUCGGCUCACGAAGAGGCAUUGAAAAUGUGCACACAACAUAAUUUGCAUCAGACCGCUUACUUCUUAUCCCGAGAUUUGGCUUUUAUGAAGGAACGGGAGCCGGUCUUGCUGAAGGAGCUUAAAAAUGCCAAGACUCCGACGCGCAGCUUUCAGUGGGCCUGUCGCAUUUGGUCGCCCCAAUCGUGGAUAAUACGCCGCAAUUUCCAAGGACAAUCGGAUGUUAUACCAACGGUGAUAAGUCAACAGGCUACAUCGAUUGUAACGCCACGCUCGGAUCCCAGCCAACCUGUUUUUUUGGUCGAAAAGGAGAUCAUACGCACUACGAGUACGCGUUGGCCCUUCUGGCGUCUGCUGAAUUUGCUGCAACGCAUCUGGUGUUGGACUUGGAACAUGAUGUUUUUGUUGGGCAUUUUAGUGCCUUGGUGCAGUCCGUUGGGUCUGCGGGCUCUAUGCUGUGUAAAGCCUUUUAUGCCCGAUCUGGAGUUGUCGCAAAUCAAUGGGACGCUCUUUCCGCGCAAAACAAGCAUUACACAGACCAUGGCUUCACGGCUCAUCGAGCUCUGGCGACACAUAUCAAAAUCUCGUACGCAUUUCGAAACGGAACCGGAUACUGGUUUCAUUGGCAAGGGUUUGACACGCAAUUUGAAUCGCAUUUGGAACUAUUUCGUGAAAGGUUUUCUGGGCACUAUCGUUAUACUAUUUGCAUUCCCGCUGGUCUGUUUGGCCACCAGCUGUCUUAGUAUUGCAUUGGCACUGACCGCGCCGCUAUGGAUUCCAGUAUUUGUUAUUCUUUUACACAUUUACAUGAUUCUUAUCUAUGAUCUGGAUGCGCCGGAUAGUACACGAAAUCGGUAUUGCAUAUUGCUCGAGGCUGUGGUUUGGAAUUUUCUUAUACAGGGUCUAUUGCAACCGGUAGCGGCGGUGUUGGUGGCCAUAUUGCUGUGCCCAUUGGCAGCUGGACUCGUGCUAGUUGUUGGCGUCGUGCGUUACACCUUGCGCUUGCUAUGGGAUUCGCUUACCUUUCACUUGUUCAUUAAGAAAUGUGGACGCGUGCCUGCCUCGGAUAGCAUUGCAGUGAAACGCAUUGCUGGUCCUGGCCUAGCUUUGGACUAUUAUUUCAUUAUACGGCCGGAACAAGCUUUGGCUGCCUUAGAAGCUAAAAUGGAAUUGGAUGAGCUGCAGGCCUAUCAACAUGCCACCGAAUGCGUCGUGCUGCAGCCGCAAAAAGACUUUAGUCAAUUUGUAGAGGCUUGUUUUGGACCAUUUUCGGCGCAGCUAUCAAAAACGGGGCCCUAUUUGGCGUUGGAUCGUGAGGCGCACGAUUUGAUGAGCACAUUGCAUGAGAAGCUUGAAAAACGCAGGCGGGAACUGCAAACGUCGUUGACCACACAAGUGAAAUCGCGCAUCAAAUUAAACACCAAAGAGUUGAAGAUUGCUAUACAAUUGGCCGCCCAUAUAUUAGAGAAGUACUAUCCGUCUCAUGUUAUCGGAAGAUUGUCGAUUAGCGAAGAGGAAUUCUGGGACAAUAAGGGUCUCACCGUGAACGAUUGGCCUGGUCUGGCCGGCCUCAUCUAUACAGAGAUAUUUAGCUUAGAUUUUCUAACGCCACUGACUGAAAACGAUACACAUUUUAAACUAGAACCGCAUGCCUCGCUCGAUCUAACGCGUUAUACAGAGAUGGUACAGAAUGCCACCGAUGUUAUUGGCUCUAAGGGUCUGGACCUACUAGGCAAUGUAUAUGCCCCGCGAGGUAAUGUGCAGGUUCAUUUGCCAUUCCUCGAAGUAACUGCAUUCAAUCCACGUUCACGCAUUACGUUGACCUUCCGGAAGCCCGAAAAACGCGAUAUGUCCGUGGGAUUGACGACGCCGCGUGUGCGUGCUCAUCGAGCUCAGCACAUACCAAAAACAGGCCAUGAGACACAAAAGUCGUGGCGUCCAUGGAAACAGAAAUGUGGUGAGAACAGUGUGACUGAGAAGCUGCUAAUACCGCUGCCAGUGCCACAUCCUGUGCACAUAGCCAUAGCUAUUUUUAAUCGGGACACAGAGCAACCUAUUCCGCUUGAUUCGGAACUGGUCUGGGAAAUACUCAAAUCAAUUGAGGAUUGUCAAGGCGGCGACGUGAUGGCGGUGCAGUCAGUGGCACGCUAUCGAGGCGCUGUCAUUGAAUCCAGCAAUGAUUCCCUGGCUAGCAGCAGCAGCAUCGGAAGCACACGUGAUUCGGGUUCUGGGUCAGUUUCGGGUUCGGCUUUGGGCAACGGCACUGAAACUUUGCCCUGUGGCAAUCGUGAGGUCUGCACGCAGGUCAAAGUAGAUGCAGAGCCAGCGCCCAGCGCUUCAGGGUUCCAUUGGACUCUUAGCAAUUGGGGCGCUGCGCAGACCGCACGUCGCCGUACCAAUUCCAACGUACGUGUGGACUUGGCCAGCCCCGAGGAUAUAUCACUGGACACGGACAGCUCUCGUGCCGUUUUUAAUAAUGCCUAUGGCACAACCGUCUAACAGACAUGCACUGGUAUGGGCACACACAUCUAUAUCUACAUAUAGAUAAGCAAAUAUAAAUGCGUGAGUUACUUUGUUGUUGCUCGCUUGUUUUUAUUCGACCACCACAUGUAAACCGCAUAAAAACCAGUUAGAAUUUUUUUACUGCAAUCAACUGAAAUCUCGCGCAUCCAAAGCAUACGUUUUAUAUAAGUUGAAAACUAAAAUUAAUUUUAAUUAAAGUUAGCUCAGCAGCUAACAUAGCCACGCUAAUUGAAGUGCAACACGAACAAAUUUAUUCAUAUAACUAUAGUAUAUGAUAAACAUAUAUGAGUUGUUAGUAUAUAUAAGUACAUACGAGUACAUACCAUGCAUACACAAAUCUAAAAAGCAACAAACUUUAAUCUAGUCGCAAAACCAAUUUAUUGCAGCUAUUUAACUCGAAAUCUUUCUCUAUGCUACUAAUACUUAUUAAAUACAAAAACGCAGCUCAUGACUAUUUUACAAACCAGUUUUAGGUUAUACCACCCUUUUUUAUAUUAAACUAUAUAUUAUUUGGAAUAUAAGCAAGCAUUGCAAUGCCAUGAGAUUUUCUUUGUACCUAUUUUAAAAUACAAAACUUAAUUUUAAACAAAUAUUCUGUAUUAUAAAUGCCACGGAUUGUAAUAUGGGCUGAGAUGAAAAAACAUUGUUAAUUAAUAUUAAACAUUGCAUGUUAAACAAAUACGUGCAUGAUUCAAAUUUUGUUAUUACUUUCAAUUGAACGGAAGAACAGUAUUAUCUUUCAUAAACCCAAAAGUGAUUUCAAAAUUUCGAUCAUGCACGAUGAAUAAAAACUUUAACUCUAUUAAACUCUCUUCCCCAAUUUAUGCAAAAUAUAAUAUACAAAUAGAAAUAACAAGUAACUAAUUAUGUAUCUAGAAACUGUGUUACGUACAACAACAUUAUAUAAAACAGAAGGCAGCAAAUACAGAGCAAUCAGAGGUUUUUACGUUUAUAAAUUAUACAUGUAAUAUAAAGCAACUAAUAAUACUUAUAUACAUACGAUACUGUUAAAAGUUCAGAAGAUCUGCCAAUUUCCAAUUCAGUUAUGUCUUAACUAUCAUUAAUUAUUAACUGCUUCGAGUGCUCCUUCCCAUAAUGUAUGCCCUCCAAGUAUUCUUUUCAAUGCACACGCACACUGCACAUAUACAAAUGCCACAAUUUUAAGUAUUAAUUUAUACAAUUUUAAUAUAUUAAUUUUAUUAAACCAACCACUCCCACAUGCCCGGCUAAUUACCAAAUUUUAGCAGCUUCCAGUCUUUUAAUUUAAACGAACUAACUGAUUUUUUAUUGAAAACUUUUAUACAUAAGUACGCGAGUCGAUUGUUUAAGCAAUUUAAAUUCGAAUGAUAUCUUUACAUACUUGCAUACAAUUUACAGACAUAAAUAUGUAGUUAUACACAUUUAUAUAUACCGAGAACAUAAAAAGAGAACAAAAUUCGAAUU